AUCUGAGCUAUGGACACACGCAGCAAUCCUCUCUCUUACAUGCUCCGUUUCACCAAACGGAAUAGAUUUAAUAUGUUUUAAACAUAAAUUAUUUAGUAGGCGGAUUCUUAUCAGUGUCACGACAGAGAUAUUUCCUGCCUCACUGUUUCUUACAUCACCCCUUCUGUCUGGCUUUUCCUCAGAAUUCAACAGGAAGCUCUGUACAGACUGAGACUUCUGGAUCCUCCAGUGUUUUACAGCCCUCUCUGCACUGACCAUUGGUAUAAGAAGAGAGACUGCUGCCUGAGGCCUGGGUACAGGGAGGCUAGGAUCCUAACACUGCCACACAAGCAGCUCCACAGUAAUGUCAGCCACCCUCCUGGACGCUGAUCCCAUCUAUGCCACGGUGGUCCACACUGCCAAGGCUGAGGCCAGGGAAUCGACAGGGGCUGUGGCUGUCCCUCCAGUCAGGCUGAAGCCUCCGGGGGUCCUGAAGUUGACCCGGAGCCUCUCCAAGUCGGACUCAGACCUGUUGGUGUCUCCCCUGGGUGAGGAGGAUGGGGGUCUGAACAGCUGCUGUGAGUCUGUGGCUAACUGCAGUUCUGGGAACAAACAGAUGGAGAGAUCGCCCUCCUUCGCCUCCGAGUGGGAUGAGAUUGAGAAGCUCAUGAACCUGAUUGGAGCAGGCAUCGAGUCAUCCAAUGACCAGCAGCGCACCACAGAUGGGGCCUGCAGCAAAGCCCUGGACCAGCCUGUGGGAGAGUGGCUGGAGCAUGUGGGGCUGCCGCAGUACGAGAGCAAGCUGCUGCUUAAUGGCUUUGACGACCUACGCUACAUGGGCAGUAACGUGAUGGAGGACUUGGACCUUAGAGAUAUGGGAAUCACUGACCCUGGACACAGAAAGAAGAUCCUCCACGCAGCACGCAGCUUGCCCAAGGUGAAGGCCCUGGGCUGUGAUGGCAGCACCUCUCUCUCCACCUGGUUGGAUGUGCUAGGUCUGCAGGAGUACCUGCCUAACUUCCUGUCUAGCGGCUACCGUACCUUGGACUGUGUGAAGAACCUAUGGGAGUUGGAGAUUGUCAACGUGUUAAAAAUCGGCGUUCUGGGCCACAGGAAGAGGAUCAUAGCGUCUCUGGCAGAGCGGCCCUAUGAGGAGGCCCCGACCAAAUCACAGAUCUCUCACCGUCUCUCACAGAUCAGGUUUCAGGACUUGUUGUCCCAGACAGGGACCUCUGCUCUGAGUCAGAUGGACCCGUCCACCAGUCGCUCCAUGGACAUGCUCCUGCCCCUGGGAGAGGCAGGCAGGAGGAGGAGAGCCAUGGACCAGGACUGCAGUGUGUCCCUGCGCUCCUACAGCGAGAGACCACGCUCUCAUGACAGACAGAGUGACAGACAUAGGGAACCCAGUUUGACCCUUCGGCCGCCUAGCCAGUCUGCCACAUACGCUACAGUGUCCACUUGGCAUCACCAGCCUGAGAAACUCAUCUUAGAGUCCUGUGGGUAUGAGGCCAGUUAUUUAGGAUCAAUGAUUAUCAGGGAUCUACGGGGGAUUGAGUCAACUCAAGAAGCCUGUGCCAAAAUUAGGAAGUCGAAGGACCAUUCAAGAAAGGGUCCUGUUGUCAUCCUUUCCAUCACCUAUAAAGGGGUCAAGUUUAUUGACGCAGCCACUAAGACCAUAGUAGCCGAGCAUGAGAUCAGGAACAUCUCCUGUGCGGCCCAGGACCCUGAGGAACUCUGCACCUUCGCCUACAUCACCAAGGACAAUAAAAGUGGCCACCACUUCUGCCAUGUCUUCAGCACUGUGGAAGUGACCCAGACCUAUGAGAUCAUCCUGACGCUGGGUCAGGCCUUUGAGGUGGCCUAUCAGCUGGCUCUCCAGACCAAAGCCAGGCAGUAUGUCCCAGUCCCCCCACCAUCUCUGGGGUCAGAGGUCAUUGAGACCAAAUCCAGCCGGCCCACAUCACAGCAAUGGAGCAGCAUGAGGAGAUCAACAAUUGACCCUCUGGAGAUGGACACAGACAUGCAGUCCCUGGGCAGCACCACCUGGCUCUUCAACCAGAGAGACUCCAACAAGCGCCCUGUCAGCACCAAGUACGAGACCACCAUAUUCUGAGACUGGAUCGCCUGCCCCAUCCUCACCUCGCACUAGCACCCAGUUUGACCCCUGACCUCUACCGCCCUCUCUCUCUCUCACGAGCCCUGUGCCUUCUCACUGUGAUGGUAGCAUCCCUCAGGGCUGCCCCCUCUCCUUUGCCCUGCCCUACACAAACCUCACCCUGCUCUGACAUCACACAUCCCUGCAGCUCUCUCCUGUUCCUCACCCCUUGGCAGACCCUGCUCCUCCUGCAGCCACUGAUGGAGCCCCUUGACUUGUGGAUGGACCUGAACCUACAAUGGCCCUGCUCUCUCAACCGAUCUGCCUCCUCCUCCUCCCAACUACUUGCAUUUGCAUCCACCCCCUAUUAGGUUUAUCAUCAUUGAAGACAUUGUGGAUUUUUGUUCUCUUCCUGUCAUGCCAUUAUUUUCCAAGUGACUCCCUUCGGUCAAAACAAGCAUGACUUUUUUUCUGUUCAGCUACCUGUUGCAUUUUUACCUGAUAGUAACAUGAUAAGCAUUGGCUGUACUGCCAAUGUGAACAAGAAAAGAACAAACCUUCACAAGUACCUCUUUUUAUCUAACGCCAAAGGAGUACUAUUCUUGUGAUAUUAUCAACUUACCGUUUUGGUCCCAUAUAGAGUGGAACAAAGAACAUUAUCAUGUCCCAAACAACCGCCUCAGCCAUAAACAAUAGUUUACCCCCUUCCCAAAAGGAUUAACAAUUUUGUCUUUUUAAUACCAUGUUUAUUUUUGUAUUUCACUUGUUUUUCGCUAAAGGCAAGUUCAAUAUUUUUUUUCCCUAUCUGUAGCUUGUCCUGUCUUACCAGGCAUCUACCACUGUGAGGCGCUGUGAGGAGACACAUCACCUGAGAUGCAUGAAAGACAAAAAAUCUAUAAGAAAAAAAAAGUAUUUUUUCUACGCAUUUUUUCUAUCAUACAUUGAUGGAUCAUCAAGGAAUCUUCCCUUUCCAUUCAAAAUGGAUCAAGAACUGAACCUCAAAUUCCUGUGUGCUCUUCUUGUACACAAAUGGGAGGACAACUUCGUCAUCAAUCUGCCAAGAUCAGUAGCCUUAAUUACUUCAAUCUGGCCAUCUAUCAGUUUAUCUAAAUGUAAUCAAUUGAGCAUCCCUUGCCACCAUCACACACUCUCCACACCUGCUGACUGCUACAUGCGUCUUCCAUGGUUAAAAAGACGAAGAGUACUUUUGAGUUGACAACACAUGAACACUUUGGCUGAGCUGCAAUGAAGUUGUUGUAAUGGUACAGGUUUGUCCAGAUAAUACUGUCUAUAAUGCUCUGUAGCUUCACAGUGUGCAUGGUGCCUCACCAGUCAUUUUAUUACCAAGAGAGACAAUCAACAGAGACUGUUUGGCUCAUCAGAGAACACUGUGUUAAAACAUGGCACUAUCCCUUAAAAAAAAAAAAUGUUUUAAAAUGGAUAUGGUUGGUUUCUUUAAUAAGAUAUGCUUUUAAGACCAGGGCUUCCUGGAAUAUAUUUAGUGAAAGAAACCAAGGGAAGCAAGACCACAAUAAUAUCGGCGUAGUAAAUCAUUUAAGUGCAAAUGUAUGAGAAAUUACCAAAACACCAUGGUCAUGAAGGUCACAUUUUGGGUAUUUCCAAGGAAUUUGAGGGCAACAAUUAAAUUUGCCAAUUCAUAGUGAAGGAUACAAGAUAUUUCCAAUAACAUUGUUUUAAUUUUAGACAAUUUAUGAGGCAAGGCACAUUUGUGUUGCUGGACUCCUUAUGUUGCAUCUUAUCAAGAUUAUGUGGGUUGUAAUCCAUGCCAUGGCACAUAGGUUCAGCAUGAGGUACAGUAUGUUUAAACAAAUUACUCACAAAAACAUUAGUGACAGUGCCAAAGAUUCAGGCUUACUCAUGGAACUUUACAUUUGAGGGAUCAAAAUGUAAAUAGAUAUGCUUUCAUUGUGCAAAUAGUUUUUGGUUGAAAAUAUCUGUGAAACUGCAUUCUUGUUUUUCAUUUCACAGGGAUUUAUUACGCAGGUCUAGUUAUCUACACUAUAUAUACAAAAUAUGUGGACACCCCUUAUAAUUAGUGGAUUCAGCUAUUUCAGCCACACCCGUUGCUAACAGGUGUAAAAUUGAGCAUACCGCCACGCACUCUCCAUAGACAAACAUUGGCAGUAGAAUGGCCUUACUGAAGAGGUCAGUGACUUUCAAUGUGGCACCAUCAUACUGUAGGAUGCCACCUUUCCAACAAGUCAGUUCCUCAAAUUUCUGCCCUGCUAGAGCUUCCCCGGUCAACUGUAAGUGUUGCUAUUGUGAAGUGGAAACGUCUAGGAGCAACAACAGCUUAGCCGUGAGGUGGUAGGCCACAUAAGCCCACAGAAAGGGACCACCGAGUGCUGAAACACGUAGCAUGUAAAAAUCAUCUGUCCUCGGUUGCAACACUCACUACCGACUUCCAAACUGCCUCUGGAAGCAACAUCAGCACAAUAACUGUUCGUCAGGAGCUUCACAAAAUGGGUUUCCAUGGCCGAGCAGCUGCACACAAGCCUAAGAUCACCAUGUGAAAUGCCAAGCGUUGGCUGGAGUGGUGUAAAGUUUGUCGCCAUUGGACUCUGGAGCAGUGGAAAUGCGUUCUCUGGAGGGAUGAAUCACGCUUCACCAUCUGGCAGUCCGACAAACUAAUCUGGGUUUGGUGGAUGCUAGGAGAACGCUACCUGCCCAAAUGCAUAGUGCCAAUUGUCAAGUUUGGUGGAGGAGGAAUAAUGGUCUGGGGCCGUUUUUUUAUAUUUCGAGCUACAAGUUCCAGUGAAGGGAAAUCUUAACGCUACAGCCUCCAAUGACAUUCUAGACAAUUCUGUGCUUCCAACUUUGUGGCAACAGUUUGGGGACGGCCCCUUCCUGCUUCAGCAUGACAAUGCCCCCGUUCACAAAGCGAGGUCCAUACACAAAUGGUUUGUCGGUGCGGAAGAACUUGACUGGCCUGCACAGAGUCCUGACCUCAACCCCAUCGAACACCUUUGGGGUGAAUUGGAACGGCCAAAAUCAGUGUCCAACCUCACUAAUGCUCUUGUGGCUGAAUGGUCCCCACAGCAAUGUUCUAACAUCUAGUGGAAAUGUUUCCCAGAAGAGUGGGGGCUGUUAUAGCAGCAACGAGGAAACCAAAUCCUUAUUAAUGCCCAUGAUUUUGGAAAGAGAUGUUCAACAAGGUGUCCACAUAUGUUUGGUCAUGUAGUGUGUCUGUUGGCUCUAUCUGUUUGUGUUUUGCUCAACCUAUUCUGUGUGCUGUGUAGCCUUGUGUUUGUGUCCUCGUGGGAAGAUGGGUUGUUCUGUCUCUAGCUGCUGUCCUCAUUCUGUGUCUCCUGCUGCAGGAGAUGUUAUGUUUCACCUCUCUCCAAACGACACCUGGUUAAUACAGGAUGGCUGACUGGAGAAUGACUGUUAAGACAUGCUAGUCUCUGUGCGGUACUGUAGUUGUGUCUCAUCGUCAAUCUGUCCUGUUCUGACUGUUACAGUACUGAUGCAUGUGGCAGUAUUUGCGUUUGGUCCUUUGAUGGCCCAUUGAGGUGUCUGUAACAGCAGUGUCUGUUUGUUUUAUCUUAUAAUUUGCUGUUUUGUUUUACUUUUUUCUUCGUUUCACAAAUAUAGCACCUCAUCUCAUUUACAUUGUCCAGCAUUGUCAUUUCUCUUGCACUAAGUAUGUUCCUCCCUGUUAUGUGUUGAAAUCAUGAAAAUACAUUCAACCUGUUUUGGUUUGGGUGCAUAUAAAAGCCUUAAGUUUUUAAAGAGCAGAGGCUAUUUCAAGCAGACACAAUUGUGGUGGCAUGAUUUGGCUGUGCAUGCUUCUGUUUUUUAACGUCAGUGUUUUCCUUGUGUAGCUCACUCCAGCGUUCAAGUUUCCGGACACCAAGCUGUGAGUUGAAGUGGAGCAGCCAAUGUGAGCGUCUGCGUGUGUGUAGACUAGAGCCAGAGAGACCAACAGGGAUACAUUCAGCGGGUCUAUGAGGGACUGUUUGAUAAGGUCUGCUGCCUUCUACCACAUCUCCUGAAUACCAAGUAACAGAGAAAUUAUAACCUUACACUAGCUGUCUGUCCACUGGGUGAGAAGGUCAGUCUGAAAGGUCAAAUAUCCUCCCUGGCCUCACACUGACUGUCUUUACCUCCACAUCUGACUUCCUGUAGGUACAGUAAUAUACAGAAUAUAGACAAUUAAUGAUGGGCCAUCAAUGACAAUUGUUAUUGAUUCAGGUAUAUUUGAGAUUAACAUGUUGUUACUACCAGGAUCAAGAAGAGAGAACAAGAGUACGUGAAUCAAAUUUAGAACUACCGUACCAGCAUAAUAAUGCUAUGCCCAUGUAUUUGUGGGCAAAAUAUAGUUUGUCAAUGAUAAUGUUUAAAAAUGUAAAGCAAUAUAUACCUGAAAUUAAAUAGUACAAUGGAACAGCUCAUUCUUAAGGUAUUUGAUUGUGUCUUAGGGCAUCUUACUUGCAUGGGAGUUUGAAGGAGCUGCCAGACAAUAUAUUCUAUGAGAGCUAAUUGCAUCUCUUUGUCACUAAGACAAGCCCAGGGACUGGCAGAGGAGAUAGAUGUAUGCAUGCAGAAGUCAUACUCCCUCACUAGCAAAGACAUUUGGAACAAAACAUGUGAUGGAAAUAAACUGAUGCAUUUUAAAAAUA